UUCUAUUCGCUACUGUAAGUUAGCUCGGUUGGCCUCGCCUAACCGCGCGUGCAGUCAGUCGUCUCACCUCUCAGUUGGCCUUUAUCGGGACUCACCGCGUCCCUCGAAUCCCCUCUUUUUCCAACAUUUACCUGUCUCUCCCACCCUGGAGUGGGAUAUGUCCCACUCUUACUCUUUCUUGAGCGAGUCGACUGGUCGCGCGAGUAUAGAGUAGUAUAGUUCCUCCACAGGAUUCGUGCGAUUCCGUUGCUUCUCGUUCCUCUUCUUCCCUCUCUUUCGCCAUUUGGAUGGACUCGCGUGCGCGCCUGCGCCAGGGACAAAGAAUAUGUCAGCAACAGCAGCAACAGCAUCAGCAACAUCAAGAGCAUCAACAACGGUGUUCCAGGCGAGACUUUGGAAGAAGAAAUAAAAACGAAACUAGAGACAGAGAUAAAGAUAAUUCGAGAACUAGAUAAAUAUUAUUAGUUCUAAGUGCGUUACGUGCGAGACAAAAUAUAAAAGAAAAAGAAUUCGUUCGUCUGGUUCUCUCUCUCUCUCUCUCUCUCUCUCUCUCUUUUUAACAUUCAAAGAAUUCUCGAGGAAGUUCGGCUCUCUUCGAGGACAUUCGUGUUUCGUUGGGUAAACUGACCGGCGUCCUAUCUUUCAUAUACACAUACACGCGCGCGCGCACGCACACACGCAUACAUAUAGCCAGGUUUUAUUAGUGCUCGAGGCCGAAGGAGACGAGUCCGCGCGACGAAUGUGCCGAGGACGAGUACCGAGGACGAGUGCCGACGGCAGAAUGUCGUGUCGCUUCGAAAUCGGAUGAAAUUCGAUCGAUGCGCGCGACAGGCUCGCAUUAUUUUCAUCGAUCUAUUUUCAAAUUUGAUUUACAAUCGAAGGAAGCAAAAAUUGUGCGAGAUCGUAUUCUUUUCCUUCGAAACUUGAAGACAUCAAGAUGGAAACCGAAGUUCGAACCUUAAAAGAAGAGUUAGCUCAUACUCAAGAAACUUUAAAAGCUGCGACGAAAAGAUGUCGAGAUUUGGUGAGAGAAUUGGACAAUCGUACAGCAAGUUACGAAUCGGAAAGGACAUUAAGGGAUCAACAGUUAUCACGGAUUCUCCGUGCUCUAUUGAUCUUGGAAGCCCGAUUAAAGCAAGAACAAAAGUCGAUUAGACAGGUAUUAUGUGAAAAGGACAACGUUAUUAGGAAUCAACAGUUGGAGAUCGCUAGGUUAAGACGUUACACCAAAAAUUAUAUCAAAUCCAAACGUGAGCAGAUAUUAGGAAGAUCAACGGCGAUUAAAGUCAACUUUGGUCCUAACGUUGAUAAGAAUUCUUCGUUGGAGAAGAAUGAAAAACUCGAGAAUGAAAUCGAUUCGAGACAAGACGACGAUGAUCUCAGUAAAGAGAUCGAGAAUCUCAAGUGUGAAAUCAUCACGAAGCUCGAUUCUUCCGAGGUAAUACCAGUCGCUUUGGAAAACUUGGAUCGUAGGAUCAAGAAGACUUACAGUUUUACGGGUAGCGACGUCUCCAAAACGAGUUUAACGAGUAGCGAAAAUACCGAUGCAUCUAUCGUUACUACCACAACAGAGGGUAGCCCUUCGUUGAUCAGUACGGAAGGAUUUUGCGAGGGGGAAAGUACGGAUGUAUCUCCAGGUUCGACUUUGAACAAGUCGAAUAGGUGUACACCAACAACGGUAACGGAUAGCGAAAAUGAGACUACUAUGAUAUUCGAUGAAGAUAAGAACGAUUUGGAUGAUGAUAAGGCAGAAGAUGAGGAUGACGAAUAUAACGAAAAUAUAAGUGACGAUAACGAAGGAGAAAUGUUGUUGAUGGUCGGUGACGUUGCCUUUAAUUCAACGAAGAAGAAAGCUUCAAUGGGUAGAUCGAAAUCGGUAAAAAGUUCGAUUAAGGACUCGUCGUUAGUGUGUACAAAUAUAAUAAGAACGGAAAGCAAGGACGAUGGUAUGGAUUGUAAUUUUGUUUCGGAGGACGAAGAAAAGGAACAGGAACCGAUAUACGUUAAUUCGUGCAAUGAGAACAAUAUGAAAAAUUUGGAACAUUCGAAUGGGAUAGUCGUGCCCGAAACUUGUCAGGAUUAUACUAAUAAUAAUAACGAUACUUCGAUCGAAGUCGAGACAACGGAUGAACAGAAUACAGAAGAGACCAGUGGGAAUUGGUAUAGCGAUCCUGACGAAGAUAAAAAUAACGACGACGUUUUUAGGCAUACUUCGUAUCGGCCGAACAGUAAUCAUAAUUCCGUCCUUGAAUGUGUCAAUCAAAUUCUUUUGAGGGAUAUGGAAGACGAAGAUCGCGUUCUUUCGGUACCGAGGAGAUUUAAACACCGAGGUAGGACAGUGAGAUUUCAACCAGCCAGAUUGUCUGAUAUCGAGUCGGUUGGUUCGGAAAUGGAAAGGAAAAAUUCUGAAGAAGGAUUGAUGGAAAAGGAAACUCUCAGUGGUGAUUUCAGUGAUCAAAGAUCGAUGAACAAUGCCAGUUUCGAGGCAACAACUUCCGAGGACGAAUAUGGCAUGAGAAUAGCUCAUCCUGUUGAUCCCAACGAAGUAGUGGGCUCUACCGUAGAAUCUGUUCUCGUGGAUGAUUCUGAAGAGCCAAAAGUUAUACCGAUCGUAAUCAUAGAACCAAAGGUCGAGCCAGACGAAGCUACAACAAAUCAAAAUCUUGUCUCCUCGACGCAAAAGCCAAAAAUACCGAUUCAAUCGGUGAGCCCACCUCUUAGAAUGGAAAGAAUCGAGGAGAAAACUUGUUUGCAGAUGUCGACGAAACGUUUGACCAUAGCUAAAAAUCUUGACUACGAGGACAUCGAGUCGUUACCAGAAGUUAUGUUGCCAACGCCUAAAACUCCACCAGCGUUACCGCCUAAGCCACAAUUUCGAAAUAAUACUUUGAUAUUGAAGAAAAUACCGAGCCCGUCUUUUUUGAUAGACGAAACUAGGAAAAAAUUGUCAGAGGUCAGUUCCGCCGGACAUGGGAAAAAGAUAUUUGCUCUUAUCGGUUCGCCGAUCGAAUCUUCAUCGAUCACCAAGUCGUCUGUUAAAAAUUUAAACUUUGACGAAGCGUCUACGAAAAAUGUGGGAAACAACGAGGAUGGUAAUUUUUGGAAAAACAGAUUCAACAACGUUAGAUCGUCCUUUCAAGCUCGUCAUUCCAACGAGAAGAAUGUAGUCCAUCGAUCGCGUAAAAUUCCAAGGGUUACGAACAUAGUGCGACACUUUGAGGAAUUUAAAAUUGGCGGAGAAAAUGAGGAACGAUCUAAGGAACGUAGUAAACCGAAGGAGAGAUACGUUCGUGCGGAAUUCGGCCAAGAAUUCGACAUAAGGCAAAACUUUGAGGAAUUUAACCUUGACGAAUGCGAUCUUUCGGAUGAUCCAAAUCGGCCGGAAGCCGAUGGAUCCGAACGGCUCGGUAAUAAUCAUCUCGUAGUUGCUGUUAGUCAAAAUGAAACUAAUAACUCGCUGACCAAAGACAAUAAUAAUCAUGUUACGACUGCUACCAGUAAUCCGAAUACUGGUUACGAUAAUUUCUUGGAGGCAACGGGUCUGAGCAACAAAUCCAUAUUAACACCCUCGAGAUUAUUAAGCAAUCAUAAGAGUAUGCUCAAGCCUAAAGACGUUAAAUAUAAGAAUAAGAUCAAAGCAACGGCAAUUUUAGAAAAACACAAUGCCUCAACAUCUAACACGACAGCAACGACGCACGUAAGACAUUGGACCGGUCCGUUCGUCUGAUGAUAAAUUAAACGCUUUUAUAAAAGCCAUACUAUUCACAACUAACAUAAGACAAGAAUAUCUUAAAUUAUUCUAGAUUUUUCAAAUAUCGAUCCCGUUGCAAAGCUAUUAAAUAUGCUUGCAGAUUUGUUUGUGUAUAUGUGUGUAUAACUAAUAUUCUCGAUAUGUUCCGUUCGUUGUUAAACGAUUUUUAGAGAUAUUUAAUGGAUUAUCUACUAUUAUUAAAAUAUACCCUAUGGUAUUCUGUAUAAUUGUAAACAAAAACUCUAGUUACUUUUAUAUUGUAAUAGUUCAAUUGAAAGAGAAGUAUUUAUAUGUGUACGCUAAAACAUCUCUUUUGUCUCCUUUUGUUUUUUCUAUUUCUGCUAGCUUUAAGAACAAUAAUAAUAAUAAUAAUAAUAAUAAUACUAAAAAAAGAGAACAAUUUGUUUAAACUUGAACCAACCAAACUACGACUUGAUAGCGUCAUAAAUAUUGCACUUUUUCUUUUAUCGACAGAUUUUCUAUAAUAUUCAAUUCAAAUAUAAGUAAUAUCCGAUGUUAUCUCGGUGUCAUUUCUAAUUCCAUAUUUUGAAAAAAUAUAAACGCUAUAGAGAGGAUGAAAUUUUCAAAUCAAUUUUCAACUUUAUGUACACACAGGAGAAGUUAAAUAAAUGUUUAAAUUACACUA